AUAUGGAUUGUUAUGCAUUAACUAUACAAGAGAUUUUGAAAAUAUACGAGAUAUCUCCAACUGGCAGUAAAAAAGAAGUUUGGGACAGUUUCCCUGAGCACAUGCAUCAGAUAAUGUUUCCUUUAUUGAGUUCUAGAUACACUUUGGCUUAUCCUUCGCAACCCAAAAAAGUGCAUCCACUUUUUGGGUCGCAAUAUGCUACAACAUUUUUAGAAUGGGCUCAUAAUUGGGCGGGCCAAUUGAUACCAUUAAUACAGCCUGAUAGUAUUCGUGAACUCUUGCGCACGGUUCAUCCUAGUAUGCGUCGUGACGUCAGAACGCUGUUUCUGUUCCUACCAUAUGUAUUGUUACACGCCGUCAUGACUAAAAAUAAUGCUCAGUACAUACAAGAGGAAAUGUUGGCUGUUGUGGGUUUAGAAAACUUCGGGAAUACUAACGUUAGAUCUGAACGAUCUAGAUACAAAAUAUUGAGGCAUAUUAGAAUGACGCCUAAUGUUAAUUCUGUGCAAACUGAAGAAGGCAAUCAGAGCAAAUGUAGUAAGACCAUAUAUACAUUAUUGGACUUCUUAAAUCGAUGGAUAUUGGAAUGGUGCCAUACAAAACAAAUGCCACUUGAUAACGAGCAUUACAAAGCAAUUGCAUCGUUCUUGGAGAAAUUCGAUAAGUUGACUAUUGCUAGAGGUAACUUCCUUUGUGGCGAAUUAGAACGUGCGUUGCAAUAUCUAGAAUUGUACAUGGACAAGAAUACUGACAGGAUACAAGAGCAAUUACCUCUUUUAGCUGAAAUAUACGCUUUGUUGGAUGAACCGGAUUCUGUAGCUGGGAUUUUAUCUAUAAAAAGAUCUGAGCCUUCUUUGAAAGAAUUGAUACUCGCUCAAGUGGUGACAGGCCGUUUACAAGACGCUGCUUUGUGCUACGAAAGGCUGGCUCAGGAAGGCCAGUUAGAUAAACACAGUUUGAGGGGUAUGAUAGACUGCUAUUUAGGAUUAGACCAGCCAUUUACUGCAUACCGAUUGCUGAGUGAACACGAAUCUGAAGAUGGUAUGAUGGAGUUGGCGGCCGAACCGUUAUGGCGGCUCGGCAGAUUCGAACAAUUGGAGGAAUUAGUCAAAAAGCCAGUGCCAUUAUGUCGAGAGAAUUGGGGUCUAUUAAUGGGUAGAAUACUUCUCGCGUUUCGCUCGCAGGACUAUGAGCAAUUCGAUAUGUCAUGUAAAGACGCUAACAAUAGGUUGCUGACUCAAAUGGAUGGCGAGAGUAAAGGCGAGAGCGCUUUACGAAGUGGAUACCAAAGUGUUUUAGGUCUACAUAUAAUCACUGAAGUUAAACACUCCAACGAGGCUCUAAAAAGAUUGAAGAUGACAAAUGACUGUGAUGAACAAGUAACAGAGAUAAUAGAUCAGUUGUUAGAUGAAUGGCGACGACGUCUUUCCGUGGUGCAGUCCGAUGUGAGAACUAUAGAACCUUUACUUAGACUCCGGAGGAUUUUAUUGCAUCAAACGCAGGAAAUGCUACUGUCAACACAUCCUGAUACAGCGGCUAGGCUGAAAGCUUGUAUCGGCGAUCUUUGGUUGCAAAGUGCAAAACACGCUAGAAAGGCUGGCGUAUUUCAGCAAUCUUACAUGUAUAUAUUGAAUGCGGAAGAAUAUCACCCGGAAGAGUUAUUUAUAGAAAAGGCAAAGAUGUAUUGGGCUAGAGGACAACACGAGUCGGCAUUUACUACGCUUCGUCGUGGUCUAGAUGAAGCGUACCCUAACAUCGAACAACUUACCAAUGAACAAAGAAAAAUAUGUGCUAAAGCAAAGCUGUUGAUAGCGAAGUAUAAUGAUGAGACUACAAAUGUCGAUGUCGAUGUUAAUAUCGGAUAUUACAAGGAGUCCGUCGAUGUAUUUAAACAAUGGGAGAAAAGUUUGGUGUGCCUUGGUUCAUAUUAUGAGAAAGUGAGCAGUCCAGAUACUAUAUACGACACAAAUGUCAUGUGGACUAGACGUCUCCACGCCCUCAACAGUUACGGUAAAGCAUUACAGUACGGACACAAAUACCUAUACCAGAGUAUGCCGAGGAUGCUUUCCAUCUGGCUCGAUAUGGAGGUGACAUCUCAGGAUACUAGUGCACACUUUGUGUUGGCUCAAAUGACUGAAAUAAUUAAGACUUACUCCGAAAGGUUGCCUCUGUACCUUUACUUGACUGCGUUUUCGCAAAUUGUGUCCAGAAUUUGUCAUCCUGUUAAAGAGGUAUACCUCCAACUGAAAGCUAUUAUAGUGAAGUUGAUAUUGGCAUACCCUCAACACACGUUAUGGAUGAUGAUGUGCGUGAUCAAGUCUAGUUACCCGACUCGUAUGAAGAGAUGUGCCGACGUUUUCACAGACCCGAGACUCAAGGAGCCGCCCAUGUUGAAGUUUAUUAGUGACUUCACGGAUCUAGCCGAGAAUCUAAUCGAGUUGUGCAAUAAACCAAUCAUGAAUGGAGGAUCGACAACAACCGUAUCGUCUUUAGUCCGAACUUUACCACGAUUGCUAGCUAGUGAAGGCUUCAGUCACAUAAUGAUGCCGUUCCAAGAGUUCUGUAAGAUAGUAUUGCCAUCCAAGGCAGCGCGUCAGGAACGGAUCGACUUUAAUAUACCGGUCGAACCGACGGUCUAUAUAGCCGGCGUGAAGGAACAUAUCACUAUAUUACAGUCGCUGCAGAAACCUAGGAAAGUGACAUUGAAAGGUUCCGAUGGUAAAUCUUAUAUAAUAAUGCUGAAGCCUCGCGACGACCUCCGCAAAGAUUAUCGCCUAAUGGAAUUCAAUGGUGUAGUGAAUAGAUUUUUACAAGAUGCACCAGAUACGCGACGUAGGAGACUCUAUAUAAGGACAUAUUGUGUACUACCGUUGAAUGAGGAAUGCGGGCUGAUAGAAUGGGUGCCAAACCUGGUGGGCUUGAGACCAAUACUGAUGCACAUUUACAAACAGAAAGGUAUCCAUACAAGUAACCGCGAGUUGAAAGAAAUGAUGUGUUUAACCAAAGAUCCGGUUGAGAAGAAACGGCAUAUUUACGAAGAAAUGUUGCUACCUAAACACCCUCCCGUUUUCCAGGAGUGGUUCAGGCGUGUUUUCUCCGAUCCUUAUGGAUGGUAUCAAGCUAGAUCAGCAUACAUAAGAACAACAGCUGUCAUGUCUAUGGUCGGUUAUAUAUUGGGUCUCGGUGACAGGCACGGUGAAAACGUAUCAUUCGAUUCAACAAACGGUGACACUGUACACGUAGACUUUAAUUGCCUCUUCAAUAAAGGCGAGGCUUUCGAGUGGCCCGAACGUGUGCCUUUUAGACUCACCCACAACAUGGAAGCGGCAAUGGGCCCUCUCAAACACGAGGGCAUGUACAGGAAAAGUUGCGAAGCUGUGAUGAAGGCGCUGCGAGCUCAGACAGCGGCUCUGAUGUCCGUUAUUGGUCCGUUUGUUUAUGACCCGCUGGUGUCUUGGGGUCGUAGUAAAAAUGUUGACAUAGGAGAGAGAACCAACGAGCAAGCUCUGCAACAUCUGCAACAAAUUAGGCAACGGUUGAACGGAAUGGUAAAAACGAAAAAUAAGCAACUGUCGCUUUCCUUAUCCCCCGAGGGUCAGGUGGAACAUUUAAUCGUUGAAGCGACGAGUAUACACAACUUGUGUCAAAUGUAUAUUGGUUGGGGGCCAUUCUUGUAAAUCUAGUGAUUUGUUGAAGUUAUGGCUGUGUUAUUCUAGUGUGUAAGCAGAAUUUAAUAAAUAGUUUUUUUUUAUACU